ACCAAUAGAGAAGAUAUUAUUAAACAAAAAAUAGCCAAUUAUCGACUUAAUGAUGAAGAAAGAACUGUAGUUAAAUCAGCUAUUUUUAAUUUGAUUACUUAUGCUUCGGUUGGAGCAGCAGCAUUAGGCAUGUCAGGGCGUAUGUGGUCCAAAUCGAGACAAACGUUAGGGAAAAAAAGAACGGCGAUUCCUACUAUAUUGGGUACUUUUACUGGUCUAGCAUUUGGUGGAUUAUUGGGAAUGAGUCAAGGAAUGAAGAAAAUACGACAAGAACUACCAAAAGAUUCACAAUUAUUAUCGAUUAUAGAGGAAAAUGAACAAUUGAAAAGAGAAGAAAUGAAUCAAUCAUUAGGAAACGUGUUAGAUCAUAGAAAUCAAAAAUGAAAUAAAGUUAACU